GACCGCUUUUCUACAUUCGUUACCUUAACACCCACAGCCCACAGCCGUAACUGUGGCCGAGAGCAUCGAAAUAAACCCGCCACUAUUGACCCAAAAAAAAAAACCCGCCACCGUGAAAUUUUCACUCCCCGGCUAACUCUUGAAAUGAAAGGAUCGAAAAAUCAAUUUCCAUAUCUCAAUCUCAAUCUCCACUUCACUGGAUCGUGCUUCAAACCCUAGCCUCGUCACCCCUUUUCCGCUGGUGCGAUCACCGGAAUCUCCAUCUUUGGUGCCUCAAACCCUACCCUACUCCGGUCAUCGCCCAUUUUCUGCCGGUGCGGCCGCCACCUUCUCCAUCGAUCUCCGGCCACCGUUCGUGACCGACGGUGAAUAAAGCCCUGCUGCUGGCUCCCAUCAACCACACCCACGACUGAAGAAAAUGAAAAAGAAAGCUAGCUUAAAGAAGAAGAUGGAGGCUCAAGACAAGGGUGAAAAUAUCACUUCCAAUUUUGAAGUGCCUGAAGUAAGACAAAGUGUAUUGCGGAAGCAGUUUCAAAUCAAGCUUGAGAAGCUAAUAAACAAUCUUGGAGGAUCUAAUGUAGAUAUGGCUGAAAUUGGAGGGCCCAGUAACAAUGAAUACCCAAAAAAAGGAAGCAACCAAUCUUUGUUUAUGAGUGCAUCCCAAGAACAAUUCAACUUGUCUAACUUUGCAGCAAGUGAACAAGCAAGUUUAAAUUCAAAUAUGGUACUUCAUCCAACCAAAAAGAUGUCUGGCAUUGUUGGAACCUCCCAACCUAAUGUUCCUGAGCAAAACCAAGAUCCAAAGAAUUGUGUGAAUACAACUAAAAAGUUAUUGACAAUGGAAGCUUCAACGGCUGCGAGUAGAGGAUCUAGACAAUAUAUGACUCGAAGCAAAGGAUCUAUACACAUUCAAGAUCCAAAGCGGCAACCCAUGAAAAAGGCAGUGGUUGAAAUUUCAAGUACAAAGCUACCGAAAAAAAAUACAGUGGCUGAAGAUGACAAUUCAAGGGCAAAGCAGCAGCCCGUGAGAAUGGAAGUGUCUUCAAAUAACAAUUCAAGUGUAAACAAGCAAUCCAUGAAUUGGGCAAUAGGUGAAGAAGACAAAACAAGGACAAGGAAGCAGCCUAUGAAGAGGGUAGUGCUUGAAGAUGAUUGGCCAAGGACAGUAGAUGAAUAUGCUAUGAAGAAGACAAAAACACUCCCAAUGUGCCGAUCAAUGUUAGUUGAUGAGUUUCUUAUAGAGAAUGGAGGAGUUGGUGAACAAGAGCUAGGAAAUGAAAGUUCUGAUGAAGAACAAAAUGUCAUGGUUGGCAAUUCAAGUGCAAAGCAACCUAUGAAAGAUACAGGGGAUGAAAAUGACAAUUCAAGGGCAAAGCAGCAGCCCAUGAGAAGGGCAGUGACUUCAAAUAACAAUUUAAGUGCAAACAAGCAAUCCGUGAAUAGGUUAGUAGGUGAAGAAAACAGAACAAGGGCAAGGAAGCAUCCUAUGAAGAGGGCAGUGAUUGAAGAGGAAGUGCAUGGAAGCGCUAUGAAAAAGACAAAAACACUGCCAAUGUGCCGAUCAAUGUUAAUUGAAGAGUUUCUUAAAGAAAUUGGAGAAGUUGGUGAAGAAGAGCUAGGAGAUGAAUGUUAUGAAGACGAACAAAGUGUCAUGGUUGGCAAUUCAAGUGCAAAGCAACCUAUGAAAAAUACAGUGGCUGUAGAUGACAAUUCAAGGGCAAAACAGCAGAGCAUGAGAAUGGCAGCGGCUUCAAAUAACAAUUCAAGUGCAAACAAGCAAUCCGUGAAUAGGGUAGUAAGUGAAGAAGACAAAACAAGGGCAAGAAAGCAUCCUAUGAAGAGGGCAGUGAUUGAAGGUGAUAGGCCAAGGGCAGUGCAUGAAAGCACGAUGAAAAGGACAAAAAUACUCCCAAUGAUCCAAUCAAUGUUAAUUGAGGAGUUUCUUAAAGAAAAUGGAGAUGUUGGUGAAGAAGAGCUAGGAGAUGAAACUUAUGAUGAAGAACAAAGAGUUAUAGUUGGCAAUUCACGUGCAAAGCAACCUAUGAAAAAUACAGUGGCUGUAGAUGACAAUUCAAGGGCAAAACAGCAGCCCAUGAGAAGGGCAGCGGCUUCAAAUAACAAUUCAAGUGCAAACAAGCAAUCCGUGAAUAGGGUAGUAGGUGAAGAAGACAAAACAAGGGCAAGAAAGCAUCCUAUGAAGAGGGCAGUGAUUGAAGGUGAUAGGCCAAGGGCAGUUAAUGAAAGCACUAUGAAAAAGACAAAAACACUCCCAAUGAUCCGAUCAAUGUUAAUUGAGGAGUUUCUUAAAGAAAAUGGAGAAGUUGGUGAAGAAGAGCUAGGAGAUGAAAGUUAUGAUGAAGAACAAAGAGUCAUGGUUGGAAAUUCAAGUGCAAAGCAACCUAUGAAAAAUACAGUGGCUGAAGAUCACAAUUCAAGGGCAAAACAGCAGCCCAUGAGAAGGGCAGCGGCUUCAAAUAACAAUUCAAGUGCAAACAAGCAAUCCGUGAAUAUGAUAGUAGGUGAAGAAGACAAAACAAGGACUAGGAAGCAACCUAUGAAGAGGGCCGUGAUUGAAGAUGAUAGGCCAAGGACAUUGGAAGAAAACGCUAUGAAAAAGACAAAAACACUCCCAAUGUGGCGAUCAAUGUUAAUUGAGGAGUUUCUUAAAGAAAAUGGAGAAGUUGGUGAAGAAGACCUACAAGAUGAAAAUUCUGAUGAAGAACAAAAUGUCAUGGCUGGAAAUUCAAGUGCAAAGCAACCUAUGAAAAAUACAGUUGCUGAAGAUGACAAUUCAAGGGCAAAGCAGAAGCCCAUGAGAAGGGCAGUGGCUGAAACUAACAAUUCAAGUGCAAACAAGCAAUCCAUGAAUAGGGUAGUAGGUGAAGAAGACAAAACAAGGACUAGGAAGGAGCCUAUGAAGAAGGUAGUGCUUGAAGAUGAUAGGCUAAGCCCGCUAAGGACAGUGGAUGAGAGUGCUAUAAAGACAAAACCACUCCCAAUGUGCCGAGCAAUGUUAAUAGAGGAGUUUCUUAAAGAAAAUGGUGAAGUUGGUGAAGAAGAGCUAGGAGAUGAUAGUUCUGACGAAGAACAAAAUGUCAUGGGACAAGAAGAAAGUGCACACCAAGAGGAAGUUGUCAAAACAAAAGGGACAAGUAAGAGAAGAACACGAGGACCAACACUAUGCUUAAAUAUACAUGCAAGAAAUCAUAAUGAUCGUCAAGAAGUUGUCUUAGAUGAAUAUGGAGAGCCAAUUGGACCCGAUGGCCAAACCGUGUCUGACUUGAGCCAUUUCCUUGGCACCAUAGCAAGGAAUGCAAACUUUUGUCCCUUGAUUUAUACAAACUUCAAAGCUUUGGUCAAAGAUAAUGAAGAGCUUAUAUGGGGAUAUGUUAAUGAUAAAUUCAUCAUUCCUGAUAAAGGAAGAAAAGCAGUAUUUUCUUGCAUAAAUGAUGCAUGGAGGCGUCACAAAUGCAGAAUCAAGAGAAACUAUUUUUUGAAGUACUCUAGUAUGAAGGAAAGGUUAAAACACUGUCCCACAACUAUACCAAAAGCUCAUUUCAAGCAAUUGAUGACUUAUUGGAGAAAUAGUACCAUCCAAAGCAUCAGCCAAAAAAAUGCUAUGAAUAGGGCUAAGCAAAAGUAUGUACAUCGUAUGGGAUCAGUAAAUUUUGCAAGGAUUCGUGCGCAAUUGCGUGCAAAGAAGGGAAAUGGAGAGGAAAUUACCCAACCUGAAAUGUUCAUCGAGACUCGCCAAAGCCGAAAAGGAAAAGAAGUGGACAAGGAAACACAAAGUGUAAUUGCUAAACUUAGAGAUUCUAUUCAGAACUCAAGUGGAUCUGAGACAUUUCGAUCAUUGUUUGGCAAAGAAAAGUCUGGUAAAGUUCGUUGCUUUGGAAAAACUCUCACACCUACUGUGUUUAAAAGAAAUGAAGAAAUUGCUGCUAUCAAGAAACAACACUCUGAUGAAAUGACUAGUGUGAAGAGGGAGAUGGAAGGAUUAAAAUUUCUUGUAAAGAGCUUGUUGAAGCAACAAAACCCAAAUUUUGAUGAAGGGGAGGUGAAUGGUAUAAUGGCAACUGCUUUAGGCAAUGAAAAAAAUGCUACUCCACAUUCAUCUACAUCGAACCAUGUUCCUCAUCGUGAAAAGUUUUUGGCUUUGCAGAAUGAGGAGGAAGAAGAUAUUCCUCAAGGUAUAGAAGAAGAAGAAGACGAGUUUGAGGGGGAAGAAAAUAUUCCUCAGGGCAUAGGAGAACAAGGUUUAGAAGGAGAAGGAGAGGAAGAAGAGGAAGGAGAGGAAGACGAAGAAUGAUGCAGAUGAGAUGUGUGGAAGCAAAUUAUAUUCUGUAUCAUGGAUGAUUUGCUCUGAAUUUGGGUGAUAACUACUUCUAUCUAGAUUUAUAUUUUUGUAUGAUAUUUCAAAAAAUUUGGUGUAAGACUGAACUAGUUAAUGCGUAUAAUUUUGUGCUACAUUGAUAUUUUAAUAUUAAAGUAUUGAUGGUAAUCAUGUUGGGUUCA